CCGACAAGCACCCAAGUGACAAUAUCUCAAAGUUUAAGUUUACAAUUCAAUACAACAAAUCAAAAUGUUCCGCAUUAUCGCUGUGAUCUUUGCCCUGUUCGCGAUGACUUUUGCUGCUCCUGGUUACAUUGAGCCCUCUUACGGAGUGGUUCCUGUGGCUCAUGUGGUUCCCGUGGCUCAUGUGGUGCCCGUGGUGAAGCACAUUCCGGUGGUGAAGCAGGUCCCGGUGGUGCACCAUGUUCCGGUCGUGAAACAUGUCCCCGUGGUUCAGCAUGUCCCCGUUCUGAAGUCCUACGGUGUGUCCACCUACGGACACCAGAUCUACCACGGUUAGGUCUAUGAAAAACCAUUAUUGAUAUCAACUCGGCAUGAAUAAACUACUUACCAAAUUACAAAGAAUA